GCAUGUCUUCUGGUUCAGCAAAAUUAGCAAUGUCACCCAGACAACGUGCUUGAGCCCCAGCCCCAGGGUCUGUCCUACUGUAUACUGUCUUUUCCAGUACAUGAACUAGGAGCCCUCUGAAGAACCACCUGGUGUGUUCAGAACAAGCAUGCGCUGGUGGCUUUUCACACAUGUCCUUAAGCUAUAGGGCUUCUUGCCAUUGCAUUUUACAGCUGCCAAAGUUCACAUUCAAAUGAAUUUUUAAUAAAUCAGUUCUGGCUCAGGAAUACGCUAGACCACAAACUGCUGGAGGCUGAGAAAGUGCUUGGGGAAAUAUUAAGCACAUUCGCCCUCUUCUUACAUUCUGGUCUUGGCAGCUACUUAAGGCCGGUUUGGGGGAUGCCGUGCAAGGCCAGAUACCUCUGGCUUGCUCCAGGACAGAUGCUCUUCGGCACAGUAGACCAAGGUGGAGGAGGCAGAGGCAGCAGAGACACAAGGCCUCUUUCAAACAGCUUGCAAAGCUUCUGCCCUGCAUUGUGCUCCAUGCCUCGCACUCUGUGCUGACUUAAAUGAUGGUGAACAGCAUCUUUUCCUGGCCAGGGUCCUGAACCCAAGGGAUUAGACUGGGAAGAGGGUUUUGUUCCACUUGCACAGAAUUAAAGUGAGGCUGGAAACAUCCUUCAGGAUUCAUCUAUCCAUCACCCUGCCACGAAGCGGGAGCUCCUCUACCUAAACUAUGUCUGGCAGAAAAACAGGCCCAAAUCUCCAGGGAGGAGGAGGCCAGGAGAAAGGCAUCUCUGGAGCUGGGAUCCAAGGCAUAUCCCCUCCCAUCAUCAGCAGGGACUGAUGGUGCCGUGCAGACUGCAGACAGUGAUGCCAGAGCUAAACAUCCUUCAGCUGCGCUGUAUGCCAGGGUGGACCUGGUGCUUUAGGGGUUAAUGCUUCUGCUCUGAGCUCUGAGAAGCAGCAAGCCUGCAUGCUCCCAAGCCAGAGCUCCCCACAGAGGGGAUUGCUUGAGGUGUUUUAUAAAUCCUCCCCUGCUACGAGCCCUAACGCUCGGGAACAGGCUGCUCUGUCGGCAGAGGCUCUGGGAGGGAGGCUUAGGCUGGUCUCGAGUGAACCAGGUGAGUGGGCUCUUCGCGCUGCCGUUAAAGGUUGCACUGUGCCGCAGCAGCUCCCCUGGACCGAAGGGCUGAACCUCCCCAGGGUCCCAGCUCUGUGCAGAUACGGACAGGUUUUCUGAUGCUUGCAUCCGCAGACACCCCAUCACCCUGCUAUGGACCAGCUUCAGCAGCCUGAGAUGUGCUCUGCUCCAGUGAACCGGGCUCUGCCCCUUUCCAGAGUGCUAGCGCUGAGAUGGGAGAGCUCGCAAAGACCCCAAACUCUCACGUUUCACUGCCUGUGAAAGGGACUCGGCAGUCCUGCAUCUGUUCAGAAAAUCGCUUUUUGCAGCAGAGCAGGGUGCAGUCCCUCUUCCGCUCACAGCUUCAUGAGGACACUUGGUCUCAGUGAAAUGCUGGGGUGAAUUUGCUUGAAUUUGUCAUUUUCUGGAUCCCAUCAAAUUUUAAGAUUAUAAUGAGUCAUCAUUUAGACAAGCAGCCUUCGGAAUUCACCCCUACUCUUUCCCUUGAGACAUUUGUGUCUGAAGAUAACUUUCUUUAACUGUUCCUCCUUCCCCUCCACGUAAUGUGGGGCAUGCUCUUUAAUAAACAUCUGUUAAGGACUAGAGACAACUCACACACACUAAAGUCUCCAGUUUCAUGCAAGCAGGAAUCAAUCCACAGAACUUAUUCUGUCAGUGCACUUACCCUGCUGCAGUGGGUCAUAAAUCUGGAAAUUAAGAAAGCAAAGGGCAAAGAGACAUGCUGUGGAAUAGACACUUUAUGGAUCUCAGCACAGAAUGGUAAUAUUUCUGCAAUUAGCUGAACAGUUAGAUAGAUUGAAGCAUUUUUAAUUGCAAUGCUUUUUGCAUUUAUUUAAGUUAUUUUAAAUACUUUUCUGUACUUGCAUGUGGAUACUCCAGAUAAGGUGCCAUAAACCUCCAUAAUAGAUCUGCCCAGAAACCUUACCUGUCAGACCCAGGCAUUUCUAGUUUCCUAAAAACCCGCUUAUCCACUCUUUCAUUCCCACAGCCUUCCGCUGUAUUUCUUUCCACGGGACAUCGUUAUCAGCAGAGCAGGGGGGGAGCUCUCUGGAACGUGUUGUCCACCAGGACUGCCAGGUCCUUCUCCACAGAGCUGGGGAUGGUGUGAAAAGCCUUACUAGAGCUGAGAUAAACAACAUCCACUGCUCUCCCCUCAUCCACCAAGCCAGUCAUCUCAUCGCAGAAGGCCCUCAGGUUGAGUAAGCCUGAUAUCCCCUCUGUAAAUCCAUGCUGACUACUCCCAGUUGCCUUCUUGUCCUUCAUGUGUCUGCAUACAGUAUCCAGGAUUAGUUGCUCCAUCACCUUCCCAGGGACUGAGGUGAGGCUGGCCAGCCUGUAGAUUCCGGGAUCCUCUUUGUGGCCCUUCUUAAAGAUAGAAAUGACAUUUGCUUUCUUCCAAUCCUCGAGAGCCUUCCCUGAUUGCCACAGUCUUUCAAGGAUGAUCAGCCUUGUCUCUGUGAUCCUGAUGAGGUUGUAUCCCCGUAAUUGCACACAGACUCCUAAUUCAUCUUGGUUUUUUCCCCAUGCGGCAUUCGUUAGUUUACAGGCACUUCAGAGAGGCACCCAGUUGUGCUGAUUUCCCAGAAAGGGUAGGAGAGAGUUCCCCAAAAUGCUGUCCCAUAGGCACUUCCGUAUUUAUGUGUAUACCUUUGGAGUGACCCCAUGUCAGCCCUGUUUUGUUGAUCACAAGGUCACUUCUGUUCACAUCACUGCAGAGCCUUCUCAUGCCACCCCUGUCCAAAACUUCCUUGCUUGAUUGCUGGUCAUUCUCUCCUGUCUGUGCAUGGUUUCAGUGCUGGUGCAUGUGCGUAGCGGAGGAGGCAGGUAUGCUCAGAUGUUCCAGUGUAGCUCCUGGUAAGUUCUGCUGUGACACAGCAUGGGUCAUGGUGAUGUCUCUAAUCCAAGACUUUAGACUGGAGGACUGCCAGACUAUCCCUACUUCUUACUGCCUCUCUGUGGUUUGUGACCCUGCUGGCUUUCUUUCCAGGGCAGAUAUUCAGUGAUGAGAUGGAGCAUGCUUGUUUCAACCUACUCGGGACCAACAGCAGUCAGACCAGGACUCCAUCAUUCCUUUUGGGUGGCUUUGCAGCACGGGAAAGUAAUCAGAUGUGGUCUGCUAUACCUCUUUGCUCUACGUAUCUCCUGGCACUGCUGGGGAACUGCACUAUCCUUUCCAUCAUUAAGGUAGAUCAGGGUCUCCAUGCACCCAUGUAUCUACUCCUUGCUAUGCUGGCUGUGGCUGACUUGGGCUUGUACACAUCCACGCUCCCAAGCAUGCUGAUGACGAUGUGGCUGGAGGCCAGAGAGGUCAGUUUUGGCAUCUGCCUUGCCCAGAUGUUCUUCAUUCACACCUUCACAGAUAUUGAAUCUGCCGUCAUUCUGGCUAUGGCCUUUGAUCGCUAUGUGGCCAUCUGCCACCCCCUACGAUAUUCCUGCAUCCUCACUAACUCAGUGACCAUCAAGAUAUGUGUGGCAAUCAUUACGAGGACGAUCCUUGUCCAGUUUCCACUCCCAGUCCUGCUGACCCAGCUCUGUUUCACCAGGGCCAGCAAGCUCUCCCAUCCCUACUGUUUGCACCCAGACAUCAUCAAACACACAAACUCGGACACGAGGAUCAACAGUGCCUAUGGGGUUUUUGUGCUACUCUCCACACUGGGUUUAGACUUGCUUUUUGUCCUCCUGUCUUAUGUUCUGAUCCUUAAGACCAUCCUGAACAUUGCAACUUGGAGGGAGCGUCUCAAAGCCCUCAACACCUGCAUCUCCCACAUCUGUGCUGUACUGUUAUUCUUUAUCCCCAUGAUCUGCCUGUCCAUGCUACACCGGUUUGGGAAACACGUGUCCCCCGAGGUCUACACUUUCAUAGCCAACCUCCAUUUCCUUGCACCACCCAUCCUGAAUCCCAUUGUUUACAGUGUGAAAACCAAAGUGAUCCGGAGACGGAUACUGAGGAUGUUCUGUCAAAGAGGGGUCCACAGCUCUGGGGCUGCCAUUUGCUAGUAAAGCCAACAUGAUGGUCAGGGCUAACAGUCUUAUGCAAGGUUAAGCCCCUGAGAAGACCAGCCAGGAGGGGGGAACAUAUCAAGCACUUUCGUCAGUGUAAGGACAUGUGGAAAGUAGAGAUAUAUGUAAGGCAAAAGAUAAGCAGAAGGUAAAGGACAUGUAGCUACCUGCAACAUAAGAACUCAUGCUUUGUAAGGAUGUCUGGUUGCCAGCUCUUCAGCAUAUAAACAGAGAUAAGAGAGAGGAAAAGUAACAAAGCACACCUAGACACGCAGACCCUAAAAUAAGGAGGUAACAGAGAUGAUACCAAAGCCCACAACUAUCAGGUCACUGAUUGAGGGGCCACUGAAGGAACCAGGAGGAACAAGGUUCAGCCAGAUCUCUGCAACUGCCAAGAAGGGGGGGAAGAAGAUUAUCAUGGGUCACAUGGGAAAGGGCAAACUAAUUAUGGGAUAUUUGAAGGUGCUUGUGGGAUUGCCUAAAACUUUAUGUGGGAAGCUUUCAGGGGCUGCAGGAAUGUGUGAAAUGUAUUAUGCGAUGUUUAGGAGAAGGACCAAAAGCAGGCAAAAGGAGGGAUUAAGAUGAACUGGGGAGG